AUGGCGGAGGCUCCUCCUGUCUCAGGUACUUUUAAAUUCAAUACAGAUGCUUCUGAGUUCAUUCCUCAGGAGAGGAAAAAAUCUGGUCUACACUGUGGGAGUCAAAGAAGACUAGAUUCUAAUAGGAUUGGUAGAAGAAAUUGCAGUUCACCACCUCCGUGUCACCUUCCCAGGCAAAUCCCUUAUGAUGACAUCUCUGCUGUUCAUCAGUACAGUUACCAUCCUUCAGGAAGCAAGCCUAAGAGUCAACAGCUUCCUUUCCAAUCCUCUGCUUCUAAUAAAUCACUCAAGAACCUUCAGAAUCAGCCUGUACAGAAAUUGAGGAGUGAAAAGCAGCAUAUCAGAGUCAAGAGAGUACAGAGUGUAACUGACCAGACCUCAGAUGUAGCUGGCUUAGAAAAUGUGGCCAGAUCAGAGAGUGGGACAAAGCUCCGAGAGCACAGCCCUGCUGAAAGUGAGAAGGAAAUUGUUGGUGCAGAUCCCAGGGGAGCAAAACCAAAAAAAGCAGCCCAGUUUGUAUAUAGCUAUGGUAGAGGCCCGAAAGUCAAGGGGAAGCUCAAAUCUGAGUGGGGUAACAGAAUGACACCCAAACCCGAGGAUGCCGGGUCUGAAAAUAUCAAACCUGUGGGGGCUAUCCACCCUGACUCUUCAGAUACAUCCGUUAGAAAAGGAGUACCGGAUGGGUCUGGGGCCAGACGCAAUGAACAGAGAAGACACUCGCAGAAGAGGCCUCCCUGGGAAGUGGAGGGGGCGAGGCCACGUCCAGGCAGGAACCCGCCAAAACAGGAGGGUCAACGACAUACAAGUGCCGGCCCCAGAAACAGCAUGGCCCCCAUUCUAAAGGACAACCUUAACGAACGACCAGCAAAAUCUGCCUGCAACAACGGGAACUUGGCCGUUGUCAACAAGUCUUCCAGAAGGAUUGACCCAGAGAAAUGUGCUAUAAGGAGGCAGGAUCCUCUCCCCCGAGGCAAACAGAACCCCGUGCUAAAGAAUGUGGAAACUCACACAGGUUCUCUAGUUGAACAACUAACUACAGAAAAGUAUGAGUGCAUGGUGUGCUGUGAAUUGGUUCGCGUCACGGCCCCUGUGUGGAGUUGUCAGAGCUGUUACCACGUGUUUCAUUUGAGCUGCAUAAAAAAAUGGGCAAGGUCUCCAGCAUCUCAAGCAGAUGGCCAGAGUGGUUGGAGGUGCCCUGCCUGUCAGAAUGUUUCUGCACAUGUUCCCAAUACCUACACUUGUUUCUGUGGUAAGGUAAAGAAUCCUGAAUGGAGCAGAAAUGAAAUUCCACAUAGUUGUGGUGAAGUUUGUAGAAAGAAACAGCCUGGACAGGACUGCCCACAUUCCUGUAAUCUUCUCUGCCAUCCUGGACCUUGCCCACCCUGUCCCGCCUUUAUGACUAAAACAUGUGAAUGUGGACGAACCAGGCACACAGUUCGCUGUGGUCAGGCUGUCUCAGUCCACUGUUCUAACCCAUGUGAGAAUGUUCUGAAUUGUGGUCAGCACCGCUGCGCUGAGCUGUGCCACGGGGGUCCAUGCCAGCCUUGCCGCAUCAUAUUGAACCAAGUAUGCUACUGUGGCAACACCUCGCGAGAUGUGUUAUGUGGAACGGACAUAGGAAAGUCUGAUGGAUUUGGUGAUUUUGGCUGUUUAAAGAUAUGUGGCAAGGAUUUGAAAUGUGGGAAUCACAUGUGUUCCCAAGUGUGCCACCCUCAGCCCUGCCAGCCAUGUCCACGGCUCCCCCAUCUGGUACGCUAUUGCCCUUGUGGGCAAACUCCUCUCAGCCAAUUGCUAGAACUUGGAAGUAGUGGUCGGAAAACGUGCAUGGAUCCUGUCCCUUCAUGUGGAAAAGUAUGCGGCAAGCCUUUGUCUUGUGGUUCCUCAGAUUUCAUUCAUACCUGUGAAAAGCUCUGCCAUGAAGGAGACUGUGGACCAUGCUCUCGCACUUCAGUUAUUUCCUGCAGAUGCUCUUUCAGAACAAAGGAGCUUCCAUGUACCAGUCUCAAAAGUGAAGAUGCUACAUUUAUGUGCGACAAGAGGUGUAACAAGAAAAGGUUGUGUGGACGGCACAAAUGUAAUGAGAUAUGCUGUGUGGAUAAGGAGCACAAAUGUCCUUUGAUUUGUGGGAGGAAACUCCGUUGUGGCCUUCAUAGAUGUGAAGAACCUUGUCAUCGUGGGAACUGCCAGACGUGCUGGCAAGCCAGUUUUGAUGAAUUAUCCUGCCACUGUGGUGCAUCAGUGAUCUACCCUCCUGUUCCCUGUGGUACCAGGCCCCCUGAGUGUACCCAAACCUGUGCCAGAGUCCAUGAUUGUGACCAUCCAGUAUAUCAUUCUUGUCACAGUGAGGAGAAGUGUCCCCCUUGUACUUUCCUAACUCAGAAAUGGUGCAUGGGCAAACAUGAGUUACGAAACAACAUCCCGUGUCACCUGGUGGAUAUCUCUUGCGGAUUACCCUGCAGUGCUGCGCUACCGUGUGGAAUGCACAGGUGUCAGAGACUCUGUCACAAAGGAGAGUGUCUUGUGGAUGAGGCUUGCAAGCAGCCCUGCACCACCCCCAGAGCUGACUGUGGCCACCCAUGCAUGGCACCCUGCCACCUCAGCUCCCCCUGCCCUGUGACUGCUUGCAAAGCCAAGAUUGAGCUGCAGUGUGAAUGUGGACGAAGAAAAGAGAUCAUGAUUUGCUCUGAAGCAUCCAGUACUUAUCAAAGAAUAGCUGCUAUUUCCAUGGCCUCUAAAAUAACAGACAUGCAGCUUGGAGAUUCAGUGGAGAUCAGCAAGUUAAUUACUAAGAAGGAAAUUCACCAAGCCAGACUGGACUGUGAUGAGGAGUGUUCAGCCUUAGAAAGAAAAAAGCGAUUAGCAGAGGCAUUUGAUAUCAGUGAUGAUUCUGAUCCUUUCAAUGUACGUUCUUCAGCAUCAAAAUUUAGUGACAGUUUGAAAGAAGAUGCCAGGAAGGACCUAAAGUUUGUCAGUGACGUUGAGAAGGAAAUGGAAGCCCUUGUGGAAGCCGUGAAUAAGGGAAAGAACAGUAAGAAGAGCCACUUCUUCCCUCCCAUGAACAGAGACCACCGCCGGAUCAUCCACGACCUGGCCCAAGUGUACGGCCUGGAGAGCGUGAGCUAUGACAGUGAACCGAAGCGCAAUGUCGUCGUCAUUGCAGUCAGAGGGAAGUCUGUUUGUCCAGCUACCACGUUGACAAGUGUACUUGAAAAGGAAAUGCAAGCACGGCCUCCACCCCCAAUUCCUCAUCACAGACAGUCAGACAAGAAUGCUGGGAGCAAUAAUUUACAGAAGAUAGAAAAGGAGGUGGUAAUUGACUACUUUGAUGUCCAGGACUGA